AUGUCUUCAUCGAACUCUAGUUCUUUCACUAUUCCCAGCUUUAUGAUUCCGGGGUGGUCCGAAGGGAAAUACCCUGGAUCCGCAUGUGGGAAAUGGAAGAGCGCCCGAUGGAUAGUAGUUCCGCGUGGGGGAGAUACCCGUGGGGGCCUCGAGCUGGUCUCCUACCACUGGGGUCAUUACGCGCCCACCUUGGCCCGACUCCACCGGGAGGGGAGGGAACGGGCGCGGAAGCUCCUGGAUCCCGAUUUCUGGCAGACCUCCCCUUGGAACGACUGGAAGCCGACUGCCACCUUGGCCAUGGUCUACCUGGAGCAGGCCUUGGCGGCCCUGGGCGAUCCGCAGAUUGAGGCAACUAUCCGUGCUAUGAUCCGGAAGUACGUAGGUGCCGCCGCCGUCGCUCGGAUGGACACCGAUAACACCCAGCAACCGCGCCAUCCCACCCCGUUCAAACAUGGCCACGAGUGCCAGGUCUGUUGCCGCCCGCUGGGGGACAAUCUUCAGGCUAUCUUCUGGUGCAAGCGAUACUGUGGCUACGCCGCCCAUGCCGUCUGUAUCCGCAAGUGGUGUCGGGGACGGGCGAGCCCUGUGGCCCCGAGGGCCACCCCCGAUGACGAGUGUCGCUGCCGUCGCAGAAGGCGUAAUGACGCCGAUCGCCAGGCGUUCCUCGCCGUUCCUCCAAAUGUGCAGCGCCAGAUCUCUCAGUGCCUGCGCGAGCAGCCUCGCCAGCCCCUUGAGUGGCAUAGUUUGUAUUAG